CAAGGUUGAAAUUGACACGGAAUAUAAUAUGUUAUAAUGAUAUUAUAAACACGGAUCAGUGUGUAACCUAAAAUAUAAAAGUAUAUAAAUAUAUUAUACAUACAUACAUACGGAUAAAGUUAAUAAAAAUUAUAAGUACUUAGAUAUUAUUAUUUUGUAUAAAUUUAGCCAAUAUAACUAUAAAUGGGGAGAAAACUAAUGUUACAAGAAAUCGCAUACUUACAGGUCUUGGGACAUAAGGGGGAAGCAAGUCGUAUAGAGAUGGAGAAAGUUUUGAGCAUUCAAAAAAUAUGUGAUCAGGUGUACCCUCGUCUAGGCCGCAUUCACAUAGCCAGUUGUCUUUAAUUUUUAUUUUAGCUAGGAAAACCGGGGAGCCUGCAUGACCUGUGCGGAGUCUAAUAAUAGUAGAAGAGGGGUGUUUGUGGAUGGAGCGGUAUUUAUUGAACCAGGGUUUGAGAGGAAUGUCAGGUUGAAUCUUUGAAAAAUGUUUCGCUUUAUGUGCAUUAUUUAACCAGAAGGAACUGCAAUGCACGUAUAAUGUUGAGCCAAAUGGAUUGCCUGUUUUGCUAGGCUGUCUACUGCUUUGUUUCCCAAAAUACCAGAGUGACCUGGGAUCCAGGCCAGCGCAACUUCAAUGCCAUCAAGAUGGCAUUUGUAUAAAAUUUCUCGCGUCCUAAGAUAAAUAGGAAAGUUGUCCUUGGCAUGAAAAGGGAGUUUUAUUAUAUCCUGUAGACCGCUUUUGCAGUCUGAAAGAAUCAGUGACUUGUUGAGUUUGUGAGGUUGCUAGCUGAAUAUUUGAUUUGAUGUCUACAUCUUGACAAUAUUAUCAUCUUGACAUCAAAAUGUCUGGAUAUGUAAGACAUUGACGUAUUUUUUUUAAUCCACUUGAUUCAGUGAGUGAAGUUUCUUCUAUGAUAUUAUGUAUUUAAUAUGCGCAUUUUUGUUAGUGACUAUUGUAUUUGAAUCACAAAUUGCAUCGGGUAGACACAAAGAUAUGAAAUCGUUCAUGGUUUAUGAAGUUGUAUCCGAUGUUAUAUCAAACCCGCCCCAGAACCUGCUACGUGUAAUGUAUCCAUCCGGAGUAGAAGUGGCUGAGGGCAAAGAACUGAAGGUCGACGAUGUAAUUGGCUAUCCAGUUCUCACGUGGAACGCCGAGGAGGACGAAUUCUAUACAGUCAUGUUGGUUGAUCCCGAUUACCCAUCUCGGAGAGAGCCCUACGCUCGGUCUUUUGUUCACUGGCUGAAGAUGAACGUCGUGUUGGAUGACGUCACGACCGGGGACACCGUGGCCGACCUCAUUUUCACGAAGCCAGAUCCUGGCACGGGAAUACACAGAUAUGUCUAUUUAGUUUACAAACAGCCGGCAAAGAUUUCGUCGUUACACGAUAAUGCGCCUAAUUCCACAACAGAGGGUCGCAAGUUCUUCAACCCGAAUAAAUUCGCCUCGAAAUAUAAUCUCGGCCAGCCCGUGGCUGGUAACUUUUAUCGGACACGAAACAAAGGACGUAUUCGGAUCUACAACUUUUUCGAUCCCGCCAUCGUCGGAGCACGAACUGAUCUAACCUCCAACGAUUAAAUAAAAUAAAAUAAGCUUUGAACUGGUAUGGAUCAUGUGAUUAAUAAGAACAUUAUAAUUCCCGCGCACUCUGAACAUGGACAUGCCAUUUUUAGCAAAUUAAAUUAUUAUAGACUGAACUAAGUAUCACAUUGCCUCGACAUUUAUCACAUUGUUGACAUAUAAAUUGUAUUUUUGUUGGCCAAUCAAUUCAGAGAUCAAUUCUAAUAAUGAAAUAAUAAGUAGUAUUAAAAUUCCUAGUCAAUUUGAUUAUCUUAGCACAUUGCUCUUUCAUUUUGGGCAUUGGCAAUAGGUAUUUAAGUUCCGCAGGUAUUUUUGAAUGCGUCCAAUUAAUCACUUGGUCCAUAACUUACUUACGUUUAUUACUAAAAAUUGUUAAUUACAUUCAAGUCUUGAUAAGGUAUUUAGCUUCAAGUCAUGUGAAUUGAUUUUAUAAAUGAGAAAACUCCGAAUAGUUAGUUUUUAACCUUCGUAUUGUAUAUUUUUAUGUUUUUACCAUAAUAUGUUUUAGAUUGAUAUUUACUAAUUGUAGACUCAUGUUCUUGUUACGCUAUUAAAUGACUAUGUGCUUAAGUAUUGUAAGUACUUAGCAUAGUAAGAAUUAAACAGGGAUUUAAUUUAAUUAUAUUUAAUUUAAUGUUGACAUCUUCAAUGGCGUAGAGGUUAUGAUGCCCUGGUCUGGA